AUGGGUGAUUUAAGCGACGACGACGACGACGAUGACGAGGAUAAUAGUUUCGAAGAAGCAAAUCCAUUAGAUAUAGUUUUAGCUACUUUUUUAUGCUGUAGUCCAAUACUUAAACAACUUAUUACUACAAAAAUGAGUUGGUGUCGUCUUGCUACCCCUUUUAUCUACCAGUCAACAGAACAGGGACUUAAAUGCUUGAUAUGGCCAUACAGAGCCCUUACAAAUCAAGGUAUAAACAAUGAUGGAAUAAAAUACGAGGAUGCAUUAGUAGACCAGCCUAAUAAGAUAGUAACUUGUUUAAGAUUUGGUAACUCUUCGAUAUCGAAGUCUGAAAUAAUCAACAAAGUGUUAUCAGAAAAAUAUCAUAAUACAUUUUAUCACCGAAACUGUCAAAUGGGCAAUUCACCGCGUAUCCUUUCCAACGGAUCAGUAGAAAUAUCCUGGUAUUUUCCAUCUGGAAAAAAAGACGAAGUUUUCAGUGAUACAUUAGCAUUUUUAAAUUUAAGAGGUGAUGCAUUUGUGGAAGCAUCACUAUCAAAUAUAUUGAUGCAAGUUGCAAGUCUUAUCGUAGCAUUCAUGGACUCUCGAGUCCUAGAGAAUAAGGAUCAGAUGAACAACAUAUUUCAGAGCAUUCAUAAAAAAAAGAUUCCAAUUAUUUUUUGUCUCGAUGCAACGUUCCAUGCUCACCGAGACGUAGAAAAAACUUUACGAGAAUAUGUACUGAACGCCAAUGUGGGUGGCACUUUACUUAAAAUAAUGACAAUUAAGUCAAGGGAAACUCAUGAGAGUGAAGCUAAUAUGAUGCAGCGUUUCAGAGUGGUAAUUUCCUAUUUGCUAAAAUUAAAGGAACACGGAAAAUCUUUAAUACAAUGCAUUCAGCUAUUCAAAGAAUUAGGUAUCAAAAAUGAUGAAGAAAUAGAGCCUUUUGUACAGGUUAACAGGAAAACAAACGUCAUAAUGGAAAAGAUAGGAGAUAAACCAAAAAACAAAAUUCUACCACUGCAGGCAAAGCUAUGGACUGAAUGGUCCUCCAUGCAGAAAGCUUAUAACAGAGUAGGAACCAAUACACAAUAUAAAGACAAAAAUCGAAUCCAAAGAGAAAUGAGUGAUCUUAGAGUGCAACAGAUUCAAAUUCUGAACAAUUUGUCACCGGUUAUGCAAGACAUUAUAAGUUAUUUAAAUGAAAUGAUAGAAUCAAAACAGAAUAAUUGUUUGAUCUACUUUUUCUAUUAUCUUCAACAAAAACUUGACUGUCAUUCUAGAAAAGUAAUUCCUAAAUAUAGUAAUGAAUAUCAAUGUCAUUGGAAUAAAUGGAAAGCUGCAGUCGAAAGUAACGAAACUGGUAGAAUUGAAAAACUCAGAUCUGUAGUUGAUGGUGCUGAAAUGAAUUUAUCUCAAUCUUAUUUUGGUUUAGAACAUGUAAUUAGAGAAUUUGGACAGAUGUACGAGACGAUUUCAGAAAAUGAUGAAGAUAAAACACCUACAAAUUUCCUCUCAAUACGCAAAUUUCCAGAGAUAGUAGCCCAAUUGAUUCACCAAGGUUUUCCAUUUGAAAUUAUGGAUGGUGAUGCCUCAAAUGUUCCCAUAUCAUGGAUAACAGAUGUUUUCUUAAAUCUUCAGAACCUAAUUGGCAAACGAAAAUUGUUGACGAUUUCGAUCCUUGGACUACAAAGUUCGGGAAAAUCAACAUUGCUUAAUUGUAUGUUCGGUCUUGAAUUUCCAGUGAGAGCAGGAAGAUGUACCCGUGGAGUAUUCAUGCGAUUGCUACCUGUUCCGACCGAAGACUAUUUUUUUGAUUAUAUUCUUGUUGUUGAUACUGAAGGUCUAAGAGCUCCUGAAUUAGGAAUGCUCAAAUACGAUCAUGACAAUAAGCUAGCAACGUUUGUUAUUGGUAUAGGAGAUAUAACUAUCAUAAAUAUCAAAGGAGAAAACACUAGUGAGGUUCAAGAUGUUUUACAAAUCGCAGUGCAUGCAUUUAUGAAGUUGGUUUUGGUGAAUAAUAAUAUAAAGCUUAAGCAAUCUUGUAUUUUUGUGCAUCAGAAUGUUUCACUUCAAGAUGCAAAGGGCAAAUUAGUUCAUGCUACACUAAAAACCGUCGAAACCUUAGAUACAAUGACAAGACAAGCCGCUGAUCAGCUGGAUAUAGUAAACAUAAAAACUUUCAAUCAAGUUAUUCAAUUUGAUGGUCAAAAGGACGUUUGGUACCUCCCAGAUCUUUGGUACGGAGACCCCCCAAUGGCACCAUCAAACCCAGGGUAUAGUAGACGUGUGGAGGAGCUACGGUGUAAAAUUUUAUUGGAUAAAACAAAAACAGCCUCCAUUCUUAAUUUACCAGAAACUUGUCAACGAAUAAAAGAUCUCUGGAAAGGAAUACUUUCGGAAGACUUCAUUUUCAGUUUCAGAAAUAGCCUUGAAGUUAAAGCUUACAUUAAAGUAGAGAGAAAAUUUCAAAAUUUGUCUUCUCAAAUAAGAGCAUUCGUUUUCCGCUACCCUCAAACUGUCAUUAAAGGCAAACUUGCUAUUUGUUGUACAGAACAAGAACUCGAGUCAAUCUGCCAUGAAUACAAACAAACGCUACGAGAACAGGUAGAGUGUGAACUUGAGGAUAGGAAGAAGGAUUUAGAAAUAUUUUUUGACAAUAAUACUCUUCAGAAUAUUGUAGGUAAGUGGAAAAGUACGACAAUCAUGAAAUUAACUAAUAUGACUGAAGAAUGUAUUCAUAAUACAGCUAAAGAUGUAGAUAGAAAAAAGGAAAACUACAAACUAAUUUUACUGAAUGCGUCUUCAAUGGAAAAAGAUGAGAAAGAAAUUAAUCAACGAAUUAAGGCACUUAUCCAAAGGAUGAAAGGAAAACGACUACAAGAGGAUGAACUGAAACGACAGUUCAACAGUAUGAUGCAAGAUUGGAUUGAACGCCAUAAACCUCGACUUGAGAAAAAUGAACUUUCUUUGAACGAUCAACUUCAGGCUGUAAUGAUGGAUCGUUUAGGCACAAUAGGAUCGUUUCUAAAAGAAGUUAACAUUAAGCAAGACAUAUCUUAUGGAAGUAUGAAAUCUUUAAUCAAUAGCAUUCAACUUGAAAAUAUUCAUGAAAAAUAUAUAAGUAUACCAAACGUUCUGCGUCAAAAUUUUUUUAUUUUUAAAAAGAAUAAUUUUAAAACCUGUGCAAAAAGAACAUUGGACAUUACAAACAAGAUUUUUCUGAAGUCUGACAGAGCCGUUGCAAAGAGAAUUAAAUUGGACGAGAGAUUCAAUUCAAUCUUUAUUACUGAACUUUUAGAUAUCAUUAUGAAUGAGAUAGACAAGUUCAACAGCUGUGAAAACGACGCGUUCAACAUACUUGAUACAUAUAGAGCGAUGUUAGCAGUACACGUAUGUAACUAUGCAAAAGAGGUGUACGGUAAGAUGAACGAAAGGUAUGAAAGGAAACAUGGUUGGGAGGCAAAAGUUAAGGUAUUCAAAAAGAAUAUGUGGGAAAUAUUCUAUAAUUCUGUACUAGAAAAAGAAAAAGAGUAUAUUGCAGCCUCUCUUUUUAAAAAUGUUGUGCUAGAUGUUGCUAUUAAACACAUAUCGGAGAUCAUGACCGAAGACAUUAUACAUUUUCUUCGCGGGGAAAUUGGAUCAUCAAAACAUGCUUUGAUGACCAUGGUACUUGACAAACUUGCAGAUGAGGGUUCUUUUGAAUCUAUAAUGUCUUAUAUGCAAUGCACGGAGGAUUUUGCACAUAAAUGGUUAGUCAAUUUUGCUGAAUCCAAACUAUUUGAAAAAACAUGUAGUGAUCAAAAUGAAUACUGCAAAAUAGCCUAUACACAUAUUCAAAACAUAAUAGGUUGCGUCACUGAUAGUAUAAUAUUUGCAACCGAAAACUCAAAAAGUCGCAAUUUAAAUAUUUGGAUAAAACACUUUACAAAGAAGGUUAAUACAUCGUUGCCGCUAUCUGUUUUAAGUUUUCGCCAGAUAACUGUAGAAUUUCCUGAUAGUGAUAUAAAAGACUUUUCGGACUUCCUCAAAAGGGAAAUCGAAACAUUGGAACAGAUUAUGAUAACAAAAUUUAGGUCUAAAACCAGGAAGAACAUAGUAUGGAGUAGUGAAAAUCCAAUCGAUACGUUUUUUGUUGAAGCGUGGGGAUGUAACAAACACUGUCCUUUUUGUUAUGAGCCCUGUCAGUUUACAUCGAAAGACCACAUAGAUGUAACACCACACAAAUGUCUACAGCAUAGGAUAAGUGGUUUGACAGGUACUUUUUUUAAACAAACUAAUUAUCUCAACAUCGAAAUUUGCAACUCUUCAGUUAUGACGACGCAAAAUUGUAUACGACGAUUUAGUUGCAAUGCUUGCAAAAACGAAUGUAAAAAGUCGGGUAAAUGUGAAGUCACUGAUCCAAAUGGUUAUAAACAGUGGCAUCACUUUUCUGAUUAUAAAAAAUAUUUCCCGGAUUGGGAUAUUGCACCAGAUAAUACAUUAAGUGUUUCGAACUACUGGGCAUGGGUGGCAGCUACUUUUAAAGACAGGAUUAUUGAAAAGUUUGGCAGGAAGUUGCCUGAAAUGCCAGAUUCAUGGACAAACAUUACGAAACAACAAGCAAAAGAUUCCCUUCGUAAACAGUUCUAA